AUCGUCCGCCCUCCCAUCCGCCCCAUUCCCGGCUUACGGUCGAAAUUCGACCUCGAGCCCAACCCCUUUGAGCAGUCGUUCCGGGAGUCUCACCACUCUGACUCUCUGGACGACGUGAACGAUUCCUCUGGCCUCACUCCACCUCGCGGCGGCGACGCAACUGCCAUCAAGCACAAUGCCCUCCCUCCCCUAUCCUCCCUUACCUCACCCGCCGCGGCGGACCCCAGCCAAUUCCCAUGGCUUGCCAACCAGUCCCUUCGCACUGGCCCUCUCUCGCCCGCUAUGCUCGCUGGACCCGCUGGAGCUGGCGCUCGAGCCGCCAAGGGUGCGGAUGGGGACCAUGGCGCAUUCGACCAGACCGGAUUCCGUACGGGCUUUACACCUGGUACCGGUAGUGGCUUCACCCCCGGCUACACGUCGCUCAUGGGCGGAGCGGGGUUCAGCAACCUCCCCAUGCCCAGUCCAAACACCGCCGCCUUUCUCAACAUGGUCACCAACUCGACGCCGAUCGAGGGAGAGGCGACCGACCCGGCGGCUCCAUCGGCUAUCCCCGCGCACAUGCAGCAACAUCACGGGCUGAGCCAUAUCAACCAGGGCGAUAUCGGUCAAGACACCAUCACCCCCAAUACCCUCUCGGCACUCACCGGUGUGGUGAAUGAUAUGAACCGCCAAGGUUCCCAGUCUACCUUUUACCCUCCGCACAAUACCCAGAACGGCGCGCCGAAUGGGAAUACAGGUGGUCCGCCUCCACCCGGAUACCCCCACGUCGACUAUGCGCAGCAGUCGGCCAAUGCGGCGAGUCAAGCGGCGAACGGGCUUUUCUUGCUCUCUCAGGCGCAUCAGGAGCUGUCGAAGCGGGAAGAAGAGGGGAGACCACCGGGCGCACCCGCUCCGCCUUCUCAGCAGCAGCAGGGGCAGGGCCAGCAGGGACAGGGAACGAAGCGCAAGUCUGACGCGGCGGACGCUGGGGCUGGCGCGGCGGCCGCUCCAAAGGGCAAGAAGGGAAAGAAGAAUGCUGGAGCCGGAGCAGGAGCAGGGGCGGCGUCAAGUCCCGGCAAGGACAAGAAGCGGUCAGCGUCCGCGGCGGCUGUAGCGAAGGGAGAUGAACAUGAUGGGAUUAGCAAGAUUACGGGCAAGCCAGAAACGGAGGAGGAGAAGAGGAAGAACUUUUUGGAGAGGAAUAGGCAGGCCGCACUCAAAUGCCGACAACGCAAAAAGCAAUGGCUCAACGAACUCCAGACCAAGGUCGAACAACUCCAGAUGGAGAAUGAUCGCCUCAAUCAAACGGUCACGGGCCUGCAUGACGAGAUUGGGAGGUUGAAUUCGGUAUUGAUUCAGCAUAGGGAUUGUGGGCUGGGGUUGCCGACGGGGUAUGGGAGGGGGCCUAUAAGAUAG